UAAUGGUAACACUGGGGAAUUCUAUAAACCUUUUAUAAAACUUAAUAGAGAUUCUUUAAUUCUUCUUGAUCCAGGGAUAUUUAGCGAGUCGAAGGCAUAUUGAUAAUGGCAAUUAGAUGGCGCAAGUUUACCAAACUUUUACAAGCAAAUAGGAACAUACAAUGUGGUCAAAAAUUUUCCACGUUGAAAGAAAACAUAUUGAGUGGGAAAGCGAGCUCCGGUGGCUGUACAAUUAAUAUUCCUUCCAAGGAAGUGGUAACGAAAUUACCACCUUUAUCAAAACCUUUGAUUGAAAUGCCUGACGUUGUAUAUGCAGCUGUAAGGCAAGAAGAAAAUGAAACGCAGGUAACUGAAUUAUCAAAUGGGUUAAUGGUAGCAUCUGAAAAAAGGUUCGGGCAGUUUUGCACAGUAGGAGUUGUUGUUGAUUCUGGUUCAAGGUACGAGGUAGCUUAUCCAAGUGGAAUAUCUCAUUUUCUUGAAAAAUUAGCUUUCAAUUCUACCCAAAAUUUUCGAAAUAAGGAUGCAAUUUUAAAAGAGUUGGAAAAAUACGGCGGAAUAUGUGAUUGCCAAAGUUCGCGCGAUACUUUUAUCUAUGCAUCAAGUAUUGAUAGCAAAGGACUAAAUACAGUUAUUCGAUUGCUAGGAGAUGUUAUUUUACGCCCUUUGGUAGAUACACAAGAAAUUGUUUUCGCGAAGCAAGCAGUAAAUUUUGAUUUACAAACUUUAGAAAUAAGGCCAGAGCAAGAUUUAAUAUUGAUGGACAUGAUCCACGCAGCAGCAUAUAAAGAAAACACUUUAGGUUUUCCAAAACUAUGCCCAAAAGAAAAUUUGGAUGCAAUUGACAGGAAUAUAGUAUUAAAUUAUUUAUCGAAUUACCACACCCCCGAUAGAAUGGUGGUAGCUGGAGUAGGGGUCGAUCAUAAAAUUUUAUGCGAGCAAGUUGAAAAGUAUUUUGUUGAAACGAAGCCAAUUUGGGGAAAAAAUGGUGUCGCAAAUGUGAAGCAAGCUGAUAAAUCAAUUGCGCAGUAUACUGGAGGGCUUCAAAUACAGCGGUGCGAUAUUCCAAAUUUUGCAGUUGCGGAGCUUCCAGAAUUAGCGCAUAUAGUUAUUGGUCUUGAAAGCUGUUCACACCAAGAUCCCGAUUUCGUAGCUAGUUGCGUACUUAAUAUUAUGAUGGGCGGUGGAGGUUCCUUCUCCGCUGGAGGUCCAGGAAAAGGAAUGUACACAAGAUUAUAUACAAAUGUUUUAAAUAAAUAUCAUUGGAUGUAUAGUGCUACUGCUUUGAAUCAUGCCUAUGCAGAUACAGGACUAUUUUGCAUACAUGCAAGUUCGCCGCCAAAUAACGUGCAAGAGAUGACGGAAGUUAUUACUAAAGAGUUAACAAAAAUGGCGACGCAACCAGAUCAGCAAGAAUUGAGACGAGCUAAAACUCAGUUGCAAUCUAUGCUGCUUAUGAAUUUAGAGGCACGUCCAGUUGUUUUUGAGGAUAUAGGGCGACAAGUGCUAGCUACCGGAAAAAGACGUGCACCUGAAAAUUUCAUAAAAGAUAUCGAAAAUGUUCAAGCGGAAAAUAUUGUUAAAAUAGCACAAAGGAUGCUGGAAUCGCCUCCUUCUAUCGCCGCAAGAGGUAAUGUUAAAAAUAUCCCUGAUGUUAAGGAGGUUCAAUUAGCUUUAUCAAGCGAUGGUAGACUCCCUGGCUCUAAAAGAAUUUUUUUUAAAUAAAAAAAUUAUUUGUAUAAAAUUAUAUUUAAAUUGUAUUUUUUGAGGAAACAAAGCUGGUUUAUUAAAAGCAAUGUCAUAAAAAAGAAUUAAAAGAAAUUACAGUUGCCAUACUUUUGAAAAUAUUCAUAAAGCUAAAAUAUCAAACGAAAA